AAAUUAGCUCACUGGACGAAAGAGAUGGAGACGAAGACAGAGAGGCACUUUCUGGUUUCGAAUUUUGUGACCGCCGGUGGUGAAGUUUCGAGUGCGACGGAGAAUUAGCGAGACCUAUUCGGCGAGUCGGAUGAUACAUCAUCUGGGGAAUGCUAUGUACUGAGAGAGAAGUGGUCGGAGGAACUCAAACUUAAGAAUGACAAGAAAAGGAGGAAACAAGAAUGCAGGACAACAAAAGCUCCACUUUCUCUCUGCUGGUUUCUCAACCAUUCUUAA